AUGGAGCACCAAAGGAAUUCAGAUUCUUCCGAGAUUGUCGGCACCGAUCAGGACAAGUUGAACCUCCUAAAACCAGGUUUCGCCUUAAAAAUUGGUGGUGCAAAGCGGACAGUGUUUUCCCUUCAGCAGAAGGAGGUUAUGAUCGAAUUUCAUAACAGGCAGGCAAACUAUGGCAUAAGGGCAGACCCACUGGCCUGCAUUUCAGCUAUGAGGGAAAGAGGCUUGGAACCACUCAAAGAAAGUCAGAUUAAGAGCUGGUGGAGCACUUACCAUCAGAAGCGAAAACGAGAAAUGGAGAGUAUGGCUGGAGACAUCCAAAACGCCCGGAGAACACUGCCUGCUCGAAAUGCCAAUCAACCGGACCCUUCUUCAGCGUCUGGACUGACAAGGUCCACAGGUUCUUCACUCCCCUCAUCAACUCCAUCCUCAUAUCCAGCAUCAACAUCUACAGGGGCACCCACAGCACCAGCACCUCCAUCCAUAUCACUUCCUGUAAGCUUGAACACUUCAUCUACACCUGUAUUUGCAGUUACAAUAGCACCCACGGCACCAUCCCCAGCACUAGCACCAGCAGCAGCACCCCCAGCCACACCAUCACUUCCAGUACGCUCCAAUACUACAUCAGCAUCUAACACAACACCUGUAAUGACACCAUCUGUAACUGGAACAGACGUUGGAUGUGGCAUCACAGAGUGGUUAUUUCCUAGUAUUGUUAGUCAGUCAAAAGUCGAUGGCAGAAAUGGUAGCAAUGCAUGCUCUUUUAUUGCGCUUUGCUUUGGUUCCAUUUAUCGCCAGUCCAGUUUACCUACGCCAGCUGUUGGACAACCCCUCAACAGACAAUGGGAGGCAGCUGUAAUAGAAGCAAUCAGGACUGGAAACGAUUUUCAUGAUGAACUGUUUGGAGGUGAGGGGAUUGAUGUUGCUGUGGAAGAUGCUGUUUCUGCAAUUGGUGACCACUGUCACAUCAGUGGUAUUGUGCAGGAGUAUAAUGUGUUUGGUGCGGAUCCACUGAAUCAGUAUGCUGCAGUGGUAAACUUGAUUCUCCAACAGAAGCAGUCAUUCCAUGUGUUAGUGGUCAAUGACAAAACAAGGAUUAUCAUUGUAGACAGUAAUGGAACUUUGAUUUUCUUUGACUCUCAUAUUCAUGGCCACCAUGGAGCCUUGGUUGCUCGAAGUGACCCUUACCAGGGCCACCAGGCUCAAUCAUUUUCAAACUGGGUCAAUGACAUGCUAAGAAAAAGUCAUAGUGUGGGUCUUGCUAUUUGCUCAUUGACCACAGUUGGUUACUUUUGA